AUGGUCACAUUUGGUCGGUCACUAGUCAUCGCCGCUUUCCUACUACUCCUGGUCGCUACCAUCGUAUGUCAGUGCAGAGGUGAUUCGAUUAUUCGGAGUGCUGAGAAACUUGCUGUGCCUAUUAAUGAAUUCUAUUGCUCCAAUUUGACGAGAGGCCAGACAUGGGUAGACUGGAAGACAAGAGUGGUUGAAUUGCCAAAGCAACAUAUCGACAAACCAGAUUCGGAUAUUAUCAUUGACUAUUUCGUGCAUUGGCCCUGGUACCUAAAAGGAAUUCGUUUGAUGGUGUGCAACUCCAUCGGCCACCGACCCAACAUCAGCUGGCCUGCGCAAGGCUACUCUCCUGUUACAUCCAGCUGUUCUGCUGAGGACUUCCCCAGGUGCCCUGUGGGGUUGGAGAUCUUCGUGGUGCAGUACCAAAGCUGGUGGCCUUGGCUUUAAAAAGCAAAGAUUAAGCGCU